AUGGGACAUGUAGAAAGCCCUGUGGAUACUGUUGAUCCACACUUGGAGGAACAAGAACCAGUGAUAAGCUGCAGUAAGGGCUUUCUUAGCUUCAACACGUUCUUUGUCAAACCAUGUCUUAGAGAAAGUCACAACCCUUUUGAUGUCAGUGAACAUGACAAUGAGUUUGAGGAGUUUCCUAGCAAAAAGUGGGCUGGUUUAGAUGAAGAUGCACAUGUGUGGGAAGAUAACUGGGAUGGAAAUAUGGAAGAUGAUUUCUCCAUUCAGUUAAGAGCAGAACUGGAUUGCUACAAGAUGAAAACCACAUAG